CGAGGAGAUGGCCGCGUGGGCCGCGCGCGAGGCCGCGGGGCCGCGCUUCGACCUGCACUUCGGCCUGCGCGCCCCGGCGGCGGACGGGCGGGGGGCCGGGCUGCGCGUGCUGCGGUUCCUGCGGGGCCUGGAGCUCAGCAGCGGGCGGGCUCAAGGGCGCGCUCUGGCCGCGGGGCUGCUGCACUCCGUUGUGGUGCGCGAGGGCGUGGCGCACACCUGGGGGGCGGCCACCUCGGGCCAGCUGGGCAGGGGCUCCCCGGCGGAGCUGUUCCAGGGGGUCCCCACGGCCGUGCCGAUCCUGCAGCGCGUGGCGAUGGCGGCGUGCGGGGGGGACCACAGCUUGCUGGUGACAGACUGCGGCCUGGUGUGGGCCUUUGGGCGCAACUCGCACGGGCAGCUCGGCUGCAACGGCUGCCGCGACGCGUCGCGGCCGGCGCGGGUGCCCGUGCCCCGCGCGGUGUUGGCGGCCUGCGGCGCGGACCACUCCCUGGUGCUGGCUGCGGACGGUGAGGUGUGGGCUUGCGGGCGCGGGACGGAGGGGCAGCUGGGCACGCCGCUGCCAGAGGGCUGCGACAGGGUGGCGGCGCCGCAGUGCACGAUGCGCGCGGAUCUGCGCAUCCGCUUCGUCGCCUGCGGCGCCGACCAUUCGGUGGUUGUCGACAGCGCCGGGCGUGCGCUCGGCUUUGGCGAGAACUCCCACGGCCAGCUCGGGAGCGGCCACUUCGACUGCCAGAGGGAACCCACGCCGCUGCCGCUGCCGCGCGGCUGCCUCGCGCUGGGCGCCAGCUGCGGCGGAGCGCACACGCUGCUGCUCACCGACGCCGGCCGGCUGCUCGGCUGCGGCAGCAACCGGCAGGGGCAGCUGGGGGCCGGCGAGGCGGCGGACCGGCCAGUGGCCGCCCCGGUGCUGCUCUCGGAGGAGCGCGGCGCGGUGGUCAGCGCCGUGAGCGCCAGCUGCGGCUUCGGGCACUCGCUGGUGCUGGCCCGGGGCGGCGCCGUGUGGGUGCUGGGGAGCGGCAGGCCAAGCGAGCGGGCGGACACGGCUGCGCCGGAGCCUCGCCAUCGCCACCGUCGCCGCCGCCGGUGGGUGGACAGCGCUGCGCCAGAGCCGCCGCGGCCCGACGCCGCCGCCGCAGGCUCGCCGACGGAGCGCUCUACAGCUUUCCGACAGGCUCCGAGCCAGGGCGCCCGCGGCCUGCGGCCUCCACCGCCGACUGCAGGACGGGGCACGAGCGGGUCUUCGCGUGAGGCUGGCGCGGGGCUGGCCGGGGCGGCGCGCGGCUGGCCGGCGGCGCUGACGCUCCGCGGGCCGUCGUGGCCUCGGCGUCUGCUGGCGACUGCCUCGCCGAUGUCCAAUGUACUCGAACCGCCAUCCUGUUCAUGUUUAUUCCAACUUCUUCCCGACGCUGUGUAGAUCUACGCGCCAUGUUGGGACGUGCCCCUGCGAAAAGCGCAGGGGCUUCCAGGUGUGGGUUCUACACCCAUAGUGCCCCGCGAAGUAGGACGGACGGACACGCAUUUUUGACAUGCCCGACCUACCAUUGCUUGUCAUCCACGCUCCAUCCCUCCCUUCCCUUUGCAGGCCAGUGGAAUCCCCCCGCAGGGCCGCUGGUAGGCGCUUCUUACAGCGUUCCCGGAGGCAAACAUCCCAUACUCUUCGUCCAUGUUCUCUCUGGCUGUGCUCGGCGUAUCCAAUCAUCAAGACAUCGAACCAUUGGCUCG